UUGUCUGGCUUUCAUCAUAGACUCACAUUUCCUACCUGUCACCACAAGGGGUGUCCAGGACACAUUAUGAACAUGAAGCUUCAGUAACCAAGCUGUACAGAGUAGUCUAGCAGUUUAGCCCUGAGUGAUUCUGAGAAAUUGGAAGAGAGAUUUUUUGCUGCUGCUCUUCAGGGAUUGCUGCUGUUAGGGAGGGGUAGGGGAUGGGGAGCAGGUUUGGAGGUGUGUAUUCAUGUUUGAGAGGAUGCAGGGUGCAUUUCACUGAGGAGUCUGGGCUCUGAGAAGGCUUUAGUGAGAGAGAGAGAGAAAAAAAAAAAGGGAGAGGGAGAGUGAGGGAGAGAGACGAGGACGACGGAGGCAGAGAGAAGAGGAACAAAAAUAGGACUGAAGAGAGCAGCUGCUUCCUAAUAAUCUGGUUCUUUGGGUGCCUCAAUGAAUAUGAACAUGGAUUCUGUCACUGAAGCCUUCCUCAAGCUCCUGUUUCUCUUACCUAUUCAAAAUUGGAGCCCAGUAGUAUCAGGAAAUAUACAUAAUUGUGAUGACCCGCUGGUUUCAACUUUGCCUCAGUCAUCAUUCAGUUGUUCCUCAGAGUUAUCUAGCAGCCAUAGCCCUGGGUUUGCAAGACUUAAUCGAAGAGAUGGAGCUGGUGGCUGGUCUCCACUUGUGUCAAAUAAGUAUCAGUGGCUACAGAUUGAUCUUGGUGACAGAAUGGAAAUCACUGCUAUUGCUACCCAAGGUGGAUAUGGGAGUUCUGAUUGGGUAACAAGCUAUCUCCUGAUGUUUAGUGAUACUGGAAGGAACUGGAAGCAAUAUCGUCAAGAAGAAAGCAUCUGGGGAUUUUCAGGAAAUACAAAUGCAGACAGCGUUGUAUACUAUAAACUCCAACAUUCCAUCAAAGCUAGGUUUCUACGCUUCAUCCCUCUGGAUUGGAACCCAAAUGGCAGGAUUGGGAUGCGAAUUGAAGUGUAUGGUUGUUCAUACAGGUCUGAAGUGGUGGAUUUUGAUGGGAAAAGUUUCUUGCUCUACAGAUUUGAUGAAAAAUCCACAAAUCCCUUAAAAGACGUGAUUUCUUUCAAAUUUAAAACAAUAGAAAGUGAUGGGAUUCUGCUUCACAGAAAAGGACAAAAUGGAGAUUACAUCACCCUGGAAUUAAUAAAAGGGAAACUCUUCUUAUUCAUUAAUUCAGGUGAUACUAAACUGCAUUCUACUAACAGCCUCAUUAACAUCACCACGGGCAGCCUCUUGGAUGAUCUGCACUGGCAUUCUGUCCUUAUUGAGUACUUUAAUAAACAAGUAAACUUUACCGUGGAUAAACACACUCAACAUUUUCAUGCAAAGGGAGAAUUCAAUUACUUGGACCUAAAUUAUGAGCUCAGCUUUGGAGGGACUCUAGCAUCUGGAAAAUCAGUAUCAUUUUCCCAUAGGAAUUUCCAUGGCUGUUUUGAAAAUCUUUAUUGUAAUGGAAUUAAUAUAAUUAAUUUGGCCAAGAGACAGAAACCUCAGAUCUACAUUAUGGGAAAUGUGUCAUUUUCUUGUUCACAACCACAAACCGUUCCAGUAACUUUUUUGGGCUCUGGCAGCUACCUAGCACUACAUGGUUCCUCUGGGCAGGAUGAAAUAUCUGUGAGUUUUCAAUUUCGCACUUGGAAUAAAAUGGGACUUCUGCUAUCCAGUAACUUUCAUCAGUAUUCUGGAGGUCUCCUCCUCUAUCUUCAUGAUGGAAAAAUUAAACUGAAUCUCUUCAAAUUAGGAAAACAACAAAGUGACAUAACAGCAGGAGUUGAAUUAAAUAAUGGGCAAUGGCAUUCAAUUUCCUUAUCUGCUAAAAGAAAUCACCUGAGUAUAAUGAUAGAUAAUGAUGUGACUUCAGUUCUGCAUUUUGUGCUGCCAAUGCAGAUUUAUUCAGGAGACAUCUAUUAUUUUGGAGGUUGUCCUAAUACCAGCUCUGACUACGAAUGUAAAAAUCCUUUUGGGGGUUUUCAGGGAUGCAUGAGACAGAUUUCCAUUAGCAACAAAGUUGUGGAUCUGAUUUCAGUACAACAGAGCAUCUUUGGGAAUUUCAGUGACCUUCAGAUAGACUUAUGUGGCCUAAUAGACAGGUGUUUACCUAACUAUUGUGAACAUGGUGGUGAAUGCUCACAAUCAUGGAACAGUUUCUAUUGCAACUGUACAAAUACUGGUUACAUGGGAGCUACUUGUCAUUACUCCAUCUAUGAGCAGUCCUGUGAAGCCUAUAAGCACAAAGGGAAUACUUCUGGUUUUUAUUAUAUCGAUUCAGAUGGAAGUGGGCCCCUGGGACCUUUUCUUGUAUACUGCAAUAUGACAGAUACUUCAUGGACUAUUGUACAGCACAACAGCUCAGACUUCACCAGAGUAAAAAGUUCCAAUAGAGAAAACCCUCAUACUGUGUUUUUCAAGUAUACUGCCAAUACAGAACAGCUCCAGGCUACAAUUAACCAUGCAGAACAUUGUGAACAGGAGCUUGCUUACCAUUGCAAAAAGUCCAGGCUUUUAAAUAAGAGAGAUGGAAUACCAUUAAGUUGGUGGGUCGGAAGAACCAAUGAAACACAGACUUAUUGGGGAGGUUCCUCGCCUAAUAUUCAAAAGUGUACUUGUGGAUUACAAGGGAACUGCAUUGAUUCUCAGUAUUACUGCAACUGUGAUGCUGAUCGGAAUGAAUGGGCUAAUGAUACUGGAUUCCUUUCUUAUAAAGAACAUCUGCCAGUAACUCAAAUAGUAAUUACAGAUACAGACCGACCAAAUUCUGAAGCAGCUUAUAAACUGGGGCCAUUGCUUUGUCGAGGUGAUAGAUCAUUUUGGAAUUCAGCUUCCUUCAAUACUGAGACAUCAUACCUUCAUUUCCCUACCUUCCAUGGAGAACUUAGUGCAGAUGUGUCUUUUUUUUUUAAGACUACAGCUUCAUCCGGUGUAUUUUUAGAGAACCUGGGGAUUAAAGAUUUUAUAAGAAUAGAACUACAUUCUCCAGCUGAAGUGACAUUUUCAUUUGAUGUGGGGAAUGGACCAUUUGAAGUUAUGGUGCAAUCACCCACUCACCUAAAUGACAAUCAGUGGCACUAUGUCAGAGCUGAAAGAAACAUUAAAGAAGCAUCACUUCAAGUGGAUCAGCUUCCACCAAAAUCACAGGCUGCCCCCGUUGAUGGACAUAUCCUUUUGCAGCUCAACAGUCAGCUAUUUGUUGGUGGGACAGCCUCAAGACAGAAAGGAUUUUUGGGAUGCAUUCGUUCUUUACAAUUGAAUGGGAUAGCCCUGGAUUUGGAAGAAAGAGCCAAGAUUACCCCAGGAGUGGAUCCUGGGUGCCCUGGACACUGUAGUAGCUAUGGAAAUUUAUGCCACAAUGGAGGAAAAUGUAAAGAAAAACACAGUGGAUUCUCUUGUGAUUGUAGCUUCUCUGCAUACAGUGGGCCAUUCUGUUUGAAUGAGAUUUCUGCAUAUUUUGGCUCUGGCUCUUCAGUGACUUACAAUUUUCAAGAAUAUUAUACUUUAAGUAAAAAUUCCAGCUCUCAUGCUGCUUCAUUUCACGGUGACAUGACACUCAUCAGAGAAACAAUCACAUUUAGCUUUCGAACAACGCGGACUCCAAGCUUGUUGCUUUAUGUAGGCUCCUUCUAUAAAGAAUACCUUUCAGUUAUUCUUGCAAAAAAUGGAAGUUUGCAGAUCAGGUACAAAUUAGAUAGCCAUCAAGAGCCAGAUGUUUUUAACAGCAAUUUCAAAAAUAUGGCUGAUGGACAGCUUCACCAUGUGAAGAUUAACAGAGAAGAAGGUGUACUAUUUGUAGAGGUUAACCAGAAUCCAAGAGAGCAAGUCACCCUGUCCUCUGGUAUAGAAUUCAAUGCAAUCAAAUCCCUUGUUCUUGGCAAGAUUUUAGAAAAUAAUGAUGUCGACCAAGAGACAAUGAAAGCCAACUCACAGGGGUUCAUUGGAUGUCUCUCUUCUGUGCAGUUUAACCACAUUGCUCCUUUGAAGGCUGCAUUACAUCACACAAGUUCAGCUCCAGUCACUAUUAAAGGACAUGUAGCUGAAUCAAAUUGUGGCACUUUAACUGGAGCUGAGUCAACACUGAGUGAAACCACACAUUCAUUUGCAGAUCAUUCUGGACCAAUAGAUGAGGGAGAGCCCUUAGCUAAUGCAAUCAGAAGUGACUCUGCAAUAAUUGGAGGUGUGAUAGCAGUUGUGAUAUUUAUCUUGCUUUGCAUCACUGCCAUUGCAGUACGGAUUUAUCAACAGAAAAGCUUGUAUAAAAAAAAUGAGACAAAGAGGGCAGAAAAUGAAGACUGUACUGAGACUGCCCUGAAAAGUGAGCUCACCAUGCAAAAUAGAGUUAAUGAAAAUCAGAAAGAAUAUUUCUUUUGACUGAAAUUUGAUUUAAUUUAAUACUAUGAUAGUUUGACUUUCUUGCUAAGCCAGGGGCUCUCAAUGGACAAAAAAGAAAAAAAUAAAUAAAAUAAGCUCUUGCACUCAAACUUAAUGCAGUGGAUUUGCAGAACUCUUUUACUGCAUAUGUUUCAGUCUCAGUGAUUGCUCUAGGAGGCCUCUUUCAAUGACAUAUAUUCCUUAGCUAUCAUAAAUGCAUUUUACGUAACAGUGAAUUAGAUAUUGUAAACAAUUUCAUUGUUGGUAGUUUCUGACCGUUCUGAUGUGUUCCUCUACACCUGAAGUUUAACAUGUAUAAUGCAUAUGGCUUUUAAAUGGGAGAAUUGUUAUGAACCUGUUGCCCUAUCCUCUUUUAAAAUGAAAUUAAGGAGUUUUGUUCAAGGACAAAAUUCAAAGUUUAACAAUGAUGCUUUGAGUUAAAUGACUUUUUUUUUUUUUUUACUGUGCUCCCUUUAGUUAUCAUUUAUGUAUGAAAAAUAGAAUGGGAAAAGAUAAAAAGGUAAUUGACUAGUGUGAGCACCUCAUUGUGAGUGAUAACAAAGUGACCAGGAACUCUGUUGGUUCUCCCUAUAACAUCAUCAAUAUUAUGCAUAUUAGAUUGAAUAUAUAUUUUUGUUUUUGUUUGCUUGUUUGUUUUAUUGAGAUGGGAUAAAAUCAAUAUUGGAUGUAAAAUAAGUGUAGCCAAAAUGUACAAAAAUGGGUUCUUGAUACAUGAGGUUGUUUUUUUUCUUUUUACUAAUUUGUUAUCUCAGUUUAGAGAUGGCAGCCUGUAAUUAUUGACUGCUAUUAAACACAUGUAGAGUGUAUGAUUUUUACCCUACAUUGAUUGCCUGAUUCAUAUACUUCUUAGUUCUUUACAAACUUAUUCUCUGUCUCCACCUAUAAUUAAUGGAAAUAUAAUCACAAAUAUUUUCCUCAAGCAUACACAAUGACCAUGUUGAUUGACUUUUCCUAAAGUUUAUUAUAUUCCUGCUAUUAUUUUAGCACAUAAAUGAAUUCUAAAAAUGGCCUGUCAUAUACUACUUUAUUAAUGUAAAUCUCCAAUUACGUUUCUGAAUACUGUUUUGUUUCCAAUCAUAUGUUGCCUAUGUAUUAGAUAUUUUCUCAUUUUUUUUCUUCACAAUAUUUUAUUAACUUUGACAUUUCUUGGAACAAAAGAUAUAAUGGCACAGUUAAUCUUAUUUCUAAAAAAAAAUUAUUGUGAGGGAGAAAGCAUAUUGUCUUCCCUAAAUUCACUUAUCUAGACCAUCUCUAUGUAUGACUAAAACACUUCCCAGCUUUUGUUGAAAGACAACAUGAAUUAUUACUGAAUAUAUUUUCAUCGUGAUAUAUAAAAUAUAUGAGGCAAAAAUUUUAAGUGUAGUGUUCUGGGAAUAGUUCUAUAGUAAUCAGGAAAAGAUGACUAGAAAGUUGCAUGCUACCAUCCUUUGGAUUUCAAAAGCCACUUAAGAAGAGGUGCUAUACUAUCUUACUUUCUUAUGUUGUGCCUGCCGAAUAGAAUCCUUACUUUCUUCACACCAGGACAAGUUGGAAACAUAUCUCCAUUCCAAUGAAUUCUUUAAAAAAAAGUUAUUUUUUCCCAGAUAGAAUAAAAACAAAACCUAUUUUUAUUGUUGUCUUUUUCAGAUGUGACUUGAUUUCUUUCAUUGCAUUAUGUUUAUAUUGAUGUUGCUUUGAAAGUAUGUAAAACAACAAUAACAACUAAGGAUUCUAAUUAAUGUGAUAAUUUUAAAAUGAAAGAAAAAAAGAAAUGUCAUUAUGAAGGAUAGAUUUAGUUUCCUCAAAAGCUUUGUGCUGGUGAGGAAAGGAAUUUACAAAGUAAAUAUACAUUUUGUCAAUGACAUUGAUGUCUAUAAAUGUUAUAAUAUCACUGUAUCAUUAGCAGGGAGCAAAUGUUAAUUUUAUCCCAUAGAAGCAUUAACUGGAUUAAGAAUUGAAGUUUUAAACAGGUUCACAUUUGAAGAAGCAGCAUAGCCCUUUGUUGGCUGCAUUCCUAGAGGGACAACAAAAUGGUGGCACCAAAGUGCAUUGAAGCAUAACAUACCAUCCAGUUGUCCCUUCAUUGGCCUUCCUUUCCCAAUUUGUAACCUUUCUCCUCUUGUCUGUUAAUAAUAAUAAAAAAAAAAGCAUUUUUGAAAUAAAAUGAGGUAAUAUUUUUAAAAGUUGUAUAAAUGUUUUAAAUUGGGGAAAUAUAUACUAAUUUUUUUCUAAAACAGUAAAACUUGUAGAUGUGCGCUUUCUGUACUGGUGAGUGUAUUUCUUUAUAAGCUUUGAUAUACUUUGGGCUAUUAUGGUUAGUUAACUAAUGCUGAAGUUACAAUGGUAAGUACUUUUUAAGCAAAUAAAACCUGCAAGAAAACUACAUUUUUACUGAUGACUAUGUAUGAAGAGAACCUACGGGAAAGAUCCUAUGAAUUAUAGUGAUUUAUAUAUUCUCCAAUUAGACUUUUUUAAAAGAACAUUUUAUUGACUCAACCAUUAAGUAUUAUUUGAUUUACAAAUAUGCUCAACUCUGGACUAGGCUUUCAUUUAUUUAUUUUUUAAUCUUCACAGACUUUUAUUGGAAUACAUUUCAAACAGGUAGGACCUAAUUGUAAACCAUCUUAUUGAUUUUAUGUGAUAAAGCAGAAAAGAAUAAGAACAUUAAUCUUUCUGAUGUUUUGAUUUUGGAAGGAAGGGACAGAGAAAGAGAAGCAGAGGGGGAAAGAGAGAGGAAAAGAAAGGAAAGGAAAGAAGGAGUGAAGGAUCAAGAAAGAAAGAAAGAAUGAAAAAAAAAGAAGCUAUAAUUUUAAAUUUAUUUUUAAAGGGAUGCCUAAUUAUUUCCCUAAGUUUAAUAAAGCCAAAUUGAUUACACAGAUAGAAUGGCUAUGGUCCCCUCAGAUUCUAAUAAAUGUGUAAAAAAGCAAGGUACAUCUUAUUUUUAGGGAAAUAUAUUUUUAUGAAAUCCUUAAAAUAUUACCUAUAAAUUUAUUCUAUCUAAUUACCUGUAAAUUUCAAAAUAAAUCAUUGAAAACAUGAAAAAGUUAACUAUGCUGUUAAAAAUAAGAAAGUUUUUACCCUCAAGCAUUUAUUUCACACAUAAAAAAAUGGCUCUUUGUGAUUAUAGACCAUGAGUCUUGUGGGAUCCUUUCUAAACCUACAUUCUAAAUUACGUUUAA